AUGUUUGGUGCUCAGUCGUUCACGGGCUUUGGCCAGCAGAACCAGGGCGCGAACAACACGACGCAGAGUGCAGGCGGCGGCAUGUUUGGACAAGCCACGCCGGGCGGCUUCGGCACGGCGUUUGGCCAAAGCACCACGCCUGCGUUUGGCCAAACGCCGCCCGCGACGACGCCCGCGUUCGGACAGCCUGCCAGCACGCCUGGGCAGCCUGCUCCGUUCUCGUUCGGGCAAAAUACGGCAGGCAGCUCGUUUGGCGCGCCGAAGCCCGCCGCUGGCUUCGGCACAUUUGGCGCUUCGACUGCCCCGCCUGCGCAAACGAGCUUUGGAACGUUUGGCGGCGCCGCACAGCCGCCAAAGACCGCGUUUGGCGCUGCGCCUGCGCCAGGCACGGCCUUCAAUGCGCCUAGCAGCACGCCGGGCUUUUUCGGGCAGCAGGCCGCGCCGCAGCCCAACGCAUUCGGCCCAUUCGGCGCCGCGGCCGUCCCGGCGCAGCCCUCGGUGACCCAGGGAAGCGCCACGGUGCCUUUUGCGCCGUUCCGCGAAGACGCUACGCCGAACGAGCCGAAGGCACACGCCAAAAGCUGGGAUGUCCACCAGUCCAUCUCGUCCAUGCCCGCGUAUGCAAGCAUGAGCCCCGAAGAAUUGCGUCUGCAGGACUACCAGCAAGGCAGGCAAAAAGGCACGACUGGGCCCGGCGCUGCGCCCGGCGCUGCGCCCGCGUUUGGCUACGGCGCGCAGCCAGCGCAAGGCGCGCAGCCCGCCUUUGGUCAGUCGCAGCCCCAGGGCAGCAUGUUUGGGCAGCCCAGCGCCGCGCCCAAUGCAUUCGGCCAGCCGGCGCCCAGCGCGGCGCCGAGCACGGGCAUGUUUGGCGCACAGAACAAUGCCGGCACGGGCAUGUUUGGUGCAAACAAGCCGGCCGGAAGCGCUUUCGGCGCAGCGCCGACCUCCCUUUUCGGCCAGAACCAAGCACAAAACCAAAGCGCUGCGCCUUUUGGCCAGGCGCAGCCGCCGGCCAACUUCUCGUUCGGCGCAAGCGCGACGCAGCCGAGCACGAGCAACUUUUCUUUCGGCGCCAACAAUGCCCAAGGCACACAGAACAGGCCGCUCUUUUCCGGCGCCUUUGGCGCGUCCUCGGCACAGCCCGCGGCACAGCCAGCCGCACCGCCAGCCACACAGCAAAACACGGGCUUUUCUUUCGGCGCAUCCACGCCGGCCGGCGGCGUCUUUGGCCAAAACAACGCCACGCCGCAGGCCAGCACCGGCGCAGGCACGCCCAGCUUUUCCUUUGGCGCCAAGCCCGCCGCACCGAGCUCCCAGCCUUUCGGGAGCGCGCCGGGAGGCCCGGCCAAUACGGCGAGCACGUUUGGUGGUUUCAAUACGAACACGCAAAACCAAAACAAGCCUGCGUUUUCUUUUGGCACGGGCAGCACGCCUGCCAAUACCGGCCCUGCGCCGGGGGGCACGUCGCUCUUUGGCCAAGGCACACAGCCCGCCGGCGGCCUCUUUAAUCGCCCUCCGGCCAACACCAUCGCGCCUGCGCCCGGCACGAAUCCAGGCACAAGCGGGAGCACCGGCUUCAGCUUCGGCCAGCCAGCCCAGCCGAGCGGCGGCACGUUUGGCGCGAAGCCCGCGGCGCCCAGCACCCCGCUUUUCGGCGCAAGUGCGCAGCCGCCCGCACAGGGCGCGCCAUUUUCCCAGCCGAGCCAGCCUGCCCCUUCGCUGGGUGGGAGCACGGCGCCUAGCGCCCAAAAGCCUUUUUUUUCCUUUGGAAAUCCCAGCGCAGGCGCGCCAAGCACCUCGCUCUUUGGCCAGAGCCAGCCUGCACAGCCGUCCAGUCUGUUUGGCCAAAGCCAGCCUGCACCCCAAAACAACGUCUUUGGCCAGAGCAUGGCAAAGCCGCUCGGCGCGUCGGCACCCGCGCCAUCGCUUGGCACGCCGCCCACACUCACCACGAAUCCAUACGGCACCGACGCGCUUCUCGCCAACACCGCGCCGCAAGCGCCGCUGCCUUUUAAUGUCGCGCCGAAAAACAAGCCCCCGCUCGUUUCUCCGUUCCGCUCUUCGCCGCGCAACGCCGUGCGUGUGACAAGACUGCGUGGCGCGACGCCCGCACUCGAGCUAGGCUCUGCACGCGAACGCACGCCUUUCCGCGAAAGCACGCCGGGGCCUGCCUUGGCGCGGAGCACAACGCCCCUCCGCGCGACGAGCCUCUUUAGCGGCCCGAGCGAUGCGCCCUCCUUAUCGCCCCAGGCUUUCCUUCCGCGCUCCACAAGCAAGCGCCUUGUCCUCCACGGCGACACGAGCUUUGGCGCGGCGCAGCGCACGCGCCGCGAAGCAACCCCGCUUCACAUUUCCCGCGCGCGCUUUUCUCCUGCCGCCGAGCGCGUCGUGCAAUCGCCCGCGCCGGACGAUACGAGCGCAUUUGUGCUUCCGCGCGCAGAGCCUAGCGCCGCGCCGUUGCCCCCGCCAAAGCACGGCGACUACGCCACGGAGCCGAGUUUGGCCGCGCUGCGUGCGCUGCAGUACGACGAGCUUGCUGCUGUGCCGGAUUUCGUCGUGCGCAGGCUUGGGUUCGGCGAAGUUGCUUUUCUCGAGCCCGUCGACCUUACCACUGUGCCUGAUCUCGGCUACAUUGCAGGCGGCGUUGUCCAGCUGCGUGCGAAAGAGUGCUUUGUGUACCCACAGGACGACGACCUCGCAUCAGAUACGCCGCUCGAUGGCCUCAAGCAUGGCUACGUGCCUGUGCCGAAAUCCCCGCUCGGCCAAGGACUCAAUGUUCCCGCGCGUGUAUCGCUUGAAGGAUGCUGGCCGCUCGACCGCGCAACGCGCGAGCCGCUGCGCGAUGCAUCCUUGCCGCGCGUGAAGCAGCACAUUACGAAGCUAAAGAACAAAAAAGAAACAGAGUUUGUUUCCUACGACGCUGCCGCAGGGACGUGGACGUUUAUUGUGCAGCACUUUUCGCGCUAUGGGCUAGACGAUAGCGACGACGAGACGCCGUCAAGCCCGAGCGACGAUUCGCCGCCGCCGAUGCAGCUUGGCGAUAGCGAUAGCAGUACGCUGCGCGAAAGCGAGCUUUCCGAGCAGGACGAAGAAGAGGACUGGGCGCCUGCUAUGCGCGAUGCGCCAUUGCGUAGCACGGCAGUGCCGGAUGUUGUGCGGAUGCAAAGGCAGAGUACAGAGGCACGCAAGGUGCAUGUUAUGCGCGCGAGUUUUUUUGGGCAGGCGCCUCCGAGCCAGGGACCGGCUGGAGGCAUGAUGUAUGGUCCCCGCAGUGGGAGUGUAGUGCCUGGAAUGGAUGCUGAAAUCGGUGCCGCUGAAGUUGCUGAAGUUGCUGGAUUUGCUGGAUUUGCUGGAGCUGCUGGAGCUGCCGAUGCUGAUGCUGAUGCCGCCGAUGCCGAUGCCGCCGAUGCCGAUGCCGCCGAUGCACCCGCUCCUUCCACAUCCCCCGUUUCCCACGUCCGAGUCCCAUUGCCCGACUCGAUCCUAAACCAAGGCCUCUUUUCACGUGAUCCUGCACUCUCGUUUGCGCGUAGUUUUCGCAUCGGUUGGGGCCCCCGCCUCGUCUAUGUGGACAACGGCACGCAGCACGCCCCCCAUCUUCUCAGCACACUGCGCAUGCGCUGCGUCGAGCGUGCACAGAGCGUCGUGAGCGCGGCAACGCCUCUCCUCGAAACGCAGCUGCACAACGCCGUGAUUUCCACGCUUGAUGGCAUCCCAUUUGCCCAACCCAAACCCGGUACUCGCUUUGCCACGAUUGCACAGCUCUAUGCCCCUGACGAUAAGCGCUACGAUGCACAGCUCUGGCACCUCGGUGCCGCGCUCUUUGAUCCCAUCGAGCUCCAUAUCGCCCACGCGCCAUCGCUGCAGACGCGCGUCGAGCAGUUGCGCCGCAAAGCGGCUUUCUCUGCAUGGCUUGCGCGCGCCGUCGCCGGCCAAGUGCAAAACGAUGUGCGUGCCCAUGUCGCAGCCUCGCGCAAGCCCGAGCUUGUGUUUGCCUACAUGACCGGCUACCAAAUCGAACAAGCCGCCGACGCGGCGCUCGAGGCGCAUGAUCCUCGGCUCGCCACGCUUGUUGCACAGGCAGGCGGCGACGCUGCCACGCGCGCAUACCUUGCCGAGCAGCUCGAUGUCUGGCGCGCCGAACAUGUCGAUCCAUUCAUCGCGCCGCCCAUGCGCCGCGUGUACGAACUGCUUUCCGGCAAUGUUCUCAGCACGCCGCCCGACGCGCAAAACGCCUCGCUCGCCAUUGCGCACGGCCUCGAUUGGCGGCGUGCGCUGGGCCUCCACGUAUGGUACGCCGUGCCGUGGGAAGCGCAGCUCAAGGCAAGCGUCGAUAGCUACGAAGCGGCACUCACGCGCCACGGCGACACUGCACCGCCGCUUCCCGCGUACCGCGAUGCUACCCACCUCGGUGUGCUCGCGCGCCGUGCGCUCGCACAGCACCCCGAGACGGAGUGGGACGCCAUGUACGAACUGCUCAAGCUCCACGUCGAUCCAGCCUACCCGCUCGAGCGCGCCCUUGACGCGCGCAGUUUUGGCCCGAGCGCCGUCGACCAUACGCUGCCUUGGCACGUGUAUGUGCUUCUUGCGCGCGCGCUUCGCCUGCGCGACUUCACCGACGCCGAAGAGGACGCCGUGCCGGGCGCGCCGCUGCCCAAGAGCGAGCAAGGCGCGCGGCUCACGUUGGCCUAUGCUGCACAGCUCGAGGCGAGCGGCGCGUGGACCUGGGCCGCAUUUGUCCUUCUCUACUUGGAGCACGCUUCUGUGCGUGCAUCUGCGCUCCACGCACUCUUGCAGCGCAACAGCGCCGCGCUCGACGACGAGGCCGCCUUCUUGGCAGUCCUCCAAAUCCCCAGCGCGUGGUGCUGGGAAGCGAAGGCGGUGGCGGCGCACGCCGCCAACGACUACUACCGCGAGUACCAGUGCUGGCUCGAGGCCGGCGCGCUGAGUGCGGCACACCGCAUUGCCGUCACGUACCUUGCACCCGAGGCAUUUGUCCGCGGCGAUCCCGCGCUGCUUGUCGAGCUCUUUUCGCCGUUCCAGCGCGCGGAGCAAGCUGCUCGCGAGAACCAGCGUCCGUUUACCGUGCAGCACUGGAACGAGGGGGGUCGUGUGUUUUUGGACUAUGCUGCACUGCCGCAGCUGCUGCCGCCGCUCAUGGCCAAGGCGGUGGGAGGCGCCUUGGAUUCUUCCGAGCGUCACGCAUUGCAGCAGGCGACAGAGCGCACACAUGCUCUGGUCGCCGCGACGCUGCAUUUGUUUCCUGCCUCCGAUACAAAUGUGAUGUGCACGGUCGCUCGCACAGAGAUGCUGGCUGUGCUGCACAACCUUGCGCGGCUCCUCGCGAGUCAUGCACUUGCCCCUGAGCCCGAGGUGCACUGGACCGUGGCGCAUCCUCCCGAAAUCGAGCAGCUGCAAGCGGCGGCUGCGGAUAUGACCGCGGCCGUGCUUGCGUCAGUAGAGUAG